GACUGUCUCGGCGGCGGCGGAGCGAGCGCGGCGCCACGAUGGGGGCCCAGCUGAGCACGUUGGGCCACGUGGUCCUCUCCCCAGUCUGGUUCCUCUACAACCUGCUCAUGAAGCUGUUCCAGCGCUCCACCCCGGCCAUCACCCUCCAGAGCCCGGACAUCAAGUACCCGCUGCGGCUCAUUGACAAGGAGAUCAUCAACCACGACACCCGGCGGUUCCGCUUUGCCCUGCCGACACCCCAGCAUAUCCUGGGCCUCCCUGUAGGCCAGCACAUCUACCUCUCGGCAAGAAUCGAUGGAAACCUGGUCAUUCGGCCCUACACGCCCGUCUCCAGUGAUGAUGACAAGGGCUUCGUGGACCUGGUCAUCAAGGUUUACUUCAAAGACACCCAUCCCAAGUUCCCCGCUGGAGGGAAGAUGUCGCAGUACCUGGAAAGCAUGAAGACUGGAGACACCAUUGACUUCCGGGGCCCGAACGGGCUGCUGGUCUACCAGGGCAAAGGAAAGUUUGCCAUCCGCCCAGACAAGAAAUCCGACCCAGUCAUCAAGACGGUGAAGUCUGUCGGCAUGAUCGCGGGAGGAACAGGCAUCACCCCGAUGCUGCAGGUGAUUCGAGCUAUCAUGAAGGACCCGGAUGACCACACCGUAUGCCACCUGCUCUUUGCCAACCAGACCGAGAAGGACAUCCUGCUGCGGCCGGAGCUGGAGGAGCUGAGGAACGAACAUUCCGCGCGCUUCAAGCUGUGGUUCACGGUGGACAAAGCCCCUGAAGCUUGGGACUACAGCGAGGGCUUUGUGAACGAGGAGAUGAUCCGGGACCACCUCCCGCCCCCAGAGGAGGAGCCGCUGGUCCUGAUGUGCGGACCCCCGCCCAUGGUCCAGUUCGCCUGCCUGCCCAACCUGGACCGCGUGGGCCACCCCAAGGAGCGCUGCUUCACCUUCUGAGGGCGGGCGCUGGCCGCGCACAUGCCUGCCCGUGCCCUGUCUGCACCCCCCGGCCCUGCCAUCUUCACCCUCCCUGCCCCCAUCUCACACUGGCCCUGGGUUCAGCCUGGCCUGCCCGUGCCUGGGUGGUCACCCUGCUGGGCUGGCCCCAAGGGGCCCCAUUGGGAACAGGGUUCAGUUACAGUGGGCCACCACGGCCACCUUCAGGACAGGUUCCUGUCUGACCCUCACCCGUUCUUCCCAGUGAUGCCUGGCCCCGGGUUCUGCCCCUCCCUCUUCCCCACACCCCACACCCCACACCCCACACACUACUGGGCCAAGACUGCCAGCACCGAGUUCCACCCACCCCGCCCAGAUCACAGUCCGGAAGUAAACGGAAAUAUACGGCAGUCCAGGGCUGCGGGUGCCAGGGAACCCCUGCCCCCACCUUGGGGCCCGCGCCCUGCACCACCUGCCUCAGGGCCAGGCGGGCCUCAGCACCUGACACUACAGGACAGGCACUGCCCAAAGUCCCCUUGGCGGGGGCUGCUGGGGGCGAGCGGCUGCCCCCACCGCAGGGCCCGAGGAGGAGGGGCUGGCCGGGGCCCUUGGGCUGGCACUUGGCCCUCCCAAAGCCUCCACUCUCCCCAGUGCACCCAGUGCUCGGCAGCUUUGGGAGUUCCAAGCUGUCAGCCUGGAGGUUAGAUCCGCAGCUUGAGGUCCUGGGCCACCAGCCCCGUGGCAGAGGUAAGACAGAGCUGAUGUGUAUUUCCUCCUCUGUCCCAAAGCCACCCUCCCGCUGCCUGCCCCCCAGCGUGGGGAGAUUCUGAGCAGUCUUCUGUCCUAGCCAUGGUCUCAGUGGCCUCGAUGUUGCCUUUAGACAGAGUGGGUUACCUCUUGCAUAGCGGCUUUUUCAGAGUCAUUUAUGAGCAGAAAAAACGUUGCAAUAAAACUUUGCUAAUAUCAACCCUUGUG